GAUAAACGUCAACUUCAAAGUCAGAUGGCUGAAGUGCAAGUAAUGUUAUUUUGUAAAAACACUUUUUAUUUAAAUUAAAAAGGUACAUUCUUCUUCGAACCUUGGUGUAAUUUACAUAUUUAAAAAUGGAAUGCUUAGAUGCCGAUGGUGAAAACAGUGAACAAAAUCUUCAUAAUAGUACAGAAGAAAAUCUGACCAAAGAAAUUGAGAGUGAUGAUCGACUCAUGGAAGCAUCAGAAUCGAAAAUACUUAAAACCGAUACGGAUUCUCUGGAAAUAAGCGCUAAUAAUUCAGUAGAAGAGGCGAGUACGAAAGAAUCUGUUGAAAUUAAAGUGAUUUACAACAAAAAAAAAUACGAUGUCACAACUACUUCGGAUACAACAAUUCUAGAACUGAAAAAACAUUUACAAGGUUUAUUAGGUGUGCCGGAUUCGAUGCAGAAAUUGAUGUUCAAAGGAAUGUUACAGGAUAGUCAAACAAUUUCUAGUUCAGGUAUAACGAAAGGUUCCAAAGUUAUGCUUGUAGGAUCGACUUUAAACGAUGUUUUAGCCGUUUCUUCGGUUAGUAAACAGGAUAUUUUAGAAUUAGAUAAAGCUACAACGUCUAAAGAACCUCUGUGUAAACAGAAAAUACAUCGUAAGGUAUUAGAUAAAGGAUUACCGGAAGACGUUUUACCCGGUAUUAAAAAUAUUAAGGAGGGUUUACCUCCAGUGCCCCUUUCGGGGAUGUUAAAUAAACAUGGGGGUAAAGUUAGGUUAACGUUUAAAUUAGAAAGUGAUCAAUUAUGGCUUAGUACGAAGGAAAGAACUGAAAAAUUACCGAUGGGGUCGAUUAAAAGUGUGAUAUCUGAACCUAUCGAGGGUUACGAACAGUAUCACAUAAUGGGUUUACAAUUAGGUCCUACAGAAGCGUCUCGGUAUUGGAUAUAUUGGGUGCCGGCUCAAUAUAUAGACGCCAUCAAAGAUGCCGUUCUCGGAAAAUGGCAGUAUUUUUGAUUUUUCUAUUGAUUUGUGUUCGAUUUUCCAUUUAUAUGAAAAUGCAAUUUUCUAACGGAUCGUUUGAAGUCUAUGUUGAGCGUCUAUUUUAAUAAAUUGUUUUGUCAUAA